AUGGCCUCCGCUUUUCCUCACCUCCUGCGCGAUCUCCUUGGCCCCGAAGACACAGAUUCCUCAACAGCUGCAGCUCAACCACCACCACAAAUCGCCCUCUUCUGCCGCCCCGACCACCUCGAACUCAUCAAGACAAUCCUUGACGAGAUCUACGAGACCGACGACGCGGUCUCUCCCGAAACCCCCCAAACUGCGCCGGGGACCAUUCUCGGCCGCCAUGGCCGGACCACCGUCCUCCUCUCACCGGUCCCAGACACCGGGAAAACCAGAGCCGCAAAACGCGCACUAGAUCUAAAGCUCUCGCUGCCCAGCAUCGACCUUGCCAUCGUAGUUGGCUGUUGUACUGCAACCCUUGACGCCGAGGACGGGAGGCAGAUCUCCCCCGGUGAUGUUUUGAUCGCCGACGGCGUGGUGGAAUAUGAUAUAGGAAGGCUGAUUCCGGGCGGUCGGUUCGUUCGGAAGAACGUGGGGGUCAUCGGGCCCAGCGAGCGGGUUCGCGCGGUGCUGGACGAGUUACGCUCCAAGAAGGAGCUGGGAUAUGUUACUGGAACACAAGAAGUUGGGGUGGUGAGUGUUCAUGUUGGUACGAUUGCUUCGGGGGAUAGACCUCUGGAUGACAUUGACGAGCGCGAAGCGUUGAGGACGGAGAUGUCCGCUGUCGGGUUUGAUGUUGGGGGCCUUUGCCUGGGCGUUGCGGCGGUAUUUCGGUCCUGUCUUGUUGUUGUGGGUGUGGGUGGUGAUGCUGAUGGGGUCUGUGAGGAUUGUGGGAGACGACGGGCUGUGGGAGCUGCUGUGGCGGAAGUUAAGGAUUCUGCUUUCUGGCCAGGCACGGUGAUUGGCCCUCGUCGCGUCAACACGUCCCAACACAGCCAGCGGAGACAGCCCUACAAGUGGAAUUUCGUGAUACUUGGACAUCUCAACACAGCAUGCAAUGUGAUUGGGUGGAAGGUGUCUCAGACCCCUGACAACGCGUCCCAAGCAACACGGUCAGCCUUAUAUGUGGAUUUUCGUGAUGCUUCUGACAUCUCGACGCUGCUGGCAAGGUGA